CACUACAAGGCAAUCAGCAUCCACCUAUGUCCACGUCCACAACCAUGGCCCGGAUACUACUCACCUUGUGCUUCUUGUCUUGCAACGUCUUCCUCCGAUCCUUCGCCACCUCCGAUGACUUCCUCCAGUGCCUCUCGCAGACGAUACCAAGCGAGCUGGUGUACCAGCAGAGCUCGAGCAGCUUCAUGUCGGUGCUGCAGUCCUCGGUCCAGAACCCCAAGUACCUGACCAACACCACGGUGCGGCCGCUGUGCAUCGUCACGGCGUCCGGCAUCCCCCACGUCCAGGCCGCCGUGCGCUGCGGCCGCGCCCACGGCGUGCGCCUCCGCGUCCGCAGCGGCGGCCACGACUACGAGGGCCUAUCCUACCGCUCCGUCCAGCCGGAGGUGUUCGCGGUGCUCGACCUCUCCAGGGUCCGCGCGGUGGACGUCCGCCCGUUCGAGGCCACGGCGUGGGUCGACGCCGGCGCGACGCUCGGCGAGCUCUACUACGCCAUCGGCACGGCCAGCCCACGGCUCGCGUUCCCCGGAGGCGCGUGCCCGACAGUCGGCGUCAGCGGGUACCUCAGCGGCGGCGGCAUCGGGCUCAUGAUGCGCAGGUUUGGCAUCGGCGCGGACAACGUCAUCGACGCCCGGAUCGUCAACGCCGGCGGCGAACUCAUCGACAGCGUCGCCUCCAUGGACCAGGACCUCUUCUGGGCCAUCCGCGGCGGCGGCGGCGAGAGUUUCGGCGUCGUGGUGGCGUGGCGGCUGCGGCUGUCCAUGGUGGAAGAGACGGUGACGGUGGUCAACCUACAGAGGACCCUCGACGAGGGCGCCGCCGCCAUCGUCGCCAAGUGGGAGACGCUCAUCCUCCAGCCGUACGUCCCCGACCUCACCAUCCGGGUCGUCGUGCAGGACAACCACGCCUUCUUCCAGACCCUCUUCCUCGGCCGGUGCUCGCGCCUCCUCCGCACGAUGCGCGCCUACUUCCCGGAGCUCGGCAUGACGCCGGCCGACUGCCGCGAGAUGACCUGGCUGCGCGCCAUGGCGUUCAUCGGCCUCAACGGCGACGCCAACGCGCCGCCGGAGGCGCUACUGAACCGGACCAACAACCUGGGCACCUACGUCAAGAACAAGUCCGACUACGUGCGCCGCGCCAUCGGCCGGGCGGGGUGGGAGGGCAUCUUCCGGGAGCACCUCUCCCGUUACGGCCCGGGUCUCAUGAUCAUGGAGCCCCACGGCGGCGCCGUUCCGAACUUCGCCACGCCGUACCCGCACCGCCAGGGCGUGCUGUACAACAUCCAGUACGUGGUGUUCUGGGGAGGCGAGGCCGACGGCACCGCGGCGGCGGCGGCGAGCGGCUGGCUCGGCGGCAUCUACGGGUACAUGGAGCAGUUCGUGACCAGCAACCCCAGGGAGGCGUUCGCCAACUACCGGGACCUGGAGAUCGGCGCGAACGUGGUCGGCGGCGACGGGGUGACGACGUACGAGAGCGGAAGGGUGUGGGGCGAGAAGUACUUCAUGGGGAACUUCCGGCGGCUGGCGGCGGUGAAGGGGAGGGUGGAUCCCGGCGAUUACUUCAGGAACGAGCAGAGCAUCCCGCCGCUGCGCCAGGGAUUUUAAUUGGGCUGUGCGCUUAUCGUGAGUUCUGUAUUAUGGAUCUCAAAUUAAUUGAGGUUCUUAUCUUUGUUUCCUGCGUGAAUAAUUGGCUGGAAAUUAGUCAAGAAUCCCUGGAAGUCAACCACAUUGUCGACACUUUCCUCUAUGUCUUGAUCUAUCUAUGAUCUAUAUAUACUAUAACGAUCUAUCUAUCUUCUUAUAUAUACCAUAAGAUCCAAAG